UGGGACCCCCGCGGCCCGUCGCGCUGAGCACCCCAUCCCCGUGGACUUCCGGCGGCUCCCGCGGCGCCACCCCUCCGGACGGUACGUUUGUGUCUCCCAGGAUCAGGCACCCCCCUCUCAGCGUUUCCAGCACCCCGGACCUCCAGAGCUUCCUCCAGAACGAUGACGAGCAAGAGAGGAAGCAGCGGCGGCGCUCCAGGGUGGUGGACCUGCAGCUCAGCGGCACCGAGUCCCCCUGCUCCUCGACCUCCCCGGCGCGCAGGCGAGCGGAAACUCCCACGUCUAUGGUCCCCAAACUCACAAAUACACAGAUUUCAGAGCACUAUUCCACCUGCAUCAAGCUGUCAACGGAAAACAAAAUCACCACCAAGAACGCUUUUGGCCUGCACUUGAUUGAUUAUAUGACUGAGAUCCUAAAACAGAAAGAUUCUGAAUUGACCAACUUCAAGGUGGCAGCCGGCACCCUGGACGCCAGCACGAAGAUCUACGCGGUCAGGGUGGAUGCCGUGCACGCCGACGUGUACCGGGUCCUCGGAGGGCUGGGCCGAGACGCCCCCGCCGCGGAGGCGGCAGGCAGCCCCGGGGCAGAUGGAACUCCGGUAGAAUCUGGAACUGCAAAAAAAGUGCAGAAGCCAAAAAAGAAGCAUUCCUACAAAACCAUAGAACAGAAUCUAAAUAACCUGAAUCUCUCAGAGGCAGAUCGCAAGUGCGAGAUUGAUCCCAUGUUCCAGAAGAUGGCAGCUUCCUUCGAUGAAUGCAGCACCGCGGGGGUUUUCCUGUCCACCCUCCACUGCCACGACUACGGGAGCGAACUCCUCUUUGAUUCAGAUGUCCGGCCUCUCUCCGCCUCAGAUCCCCUCGAGGUGCCGGACUCCGGUUCUGUGGAAGUGGCAGAUAUAAGGACCGCCUUGCUGCACUGUGCCAACAGGAGCCAGAUUUGCCCGUCGCUGGCCGGGUUCCAGUUUACCAAGUGGGACAGUGAAACCCACAACGAGUCUGUGUCAGCUCUGUUGGACAAGUUUAAGAAGAGCGACCAGGUUUUUGACGUUAACGCGGAGGUGGACAACAGCGAUCACGAGGACUACGCGGAUGCCCCGGGGGAGGAUGACUUUGACGCGGAUGCGGCCGACCAGACCAUCGCAGGGGAUCACGGGGCCUUCGGAAGUCAGGAGCCCUGCGUCUACCGGAGCCCCAGGAAAGACGUGAUAGCCCUUGGUGACGGAGACAUCGGAACCAUGUGCCUCCAUCUUUCCCUAAAGCCCGGAGAAUAUUCCUACUUCAGUCCUCGGAUCAUGUCAAUGUGGGCUGGCCCAGAUCACUGGCGCUUUAAACCCCGCCACAAACCGGAACAAAAUGCCCGAGAAAAUAAGAAGAAGAGCACGAAGAAAAUAUUUGAAAUCAACUUUGAAGAUGAUAUUGGCUUUGAUGUGUAUUUCCGAAAAACCAAGACUGCUACCACUCUCUCCAGAGGAACCCUGGAGAAUCAAAAUCGGAAAGCCACCACUCUCCCGGCAAAUUUUCACUAUGAGCCAGAUAACAUAAUUCAACUGAACCUCAAACCAGGCAGCAGGCUGAGGAAGAUGGUUAUGCAGAGCGCCUCCUCGGAACACGAAGAGGAGGACGUCGGAGACUACGAUUAUGACAACCCUAACGACACCUCUAACUUCUGCCCUGCGUUACAGGCUGCUGACAGUGAGAACGAUGACCCCGAUGGAUAUGCGGAGCCCGGCGGGCCCUUGGACCGUACAGCUCAUCCCAAUGGUGGACAGGAGAAUGGACAAGAGAAUGGAGUGCACACUAACGGCAGCGGAGUGGACAUCACGACGUACGGGGAGCUGAAUCUAGUAGCUGAGCCGCAGAAGGUAAAUAAAAUUGAGAUUCAUUACGCCAAGACUGCCAAAAAGAUGGAUAUGAAGAGAUUAAAGCAGAGCAUGUGGAGUCUGCUGACCGAAACCCAGAAGAGCUCAGCUGAUAAAGAGAAUGAAGGAAUUGAAAAAGAAGAGAAAUUGGCAGUUGCAGGAGAGAAGGUAUUCAGCGACAUUACAAAGGACCUGAUUCACAACCUGCCUUCCAUGAUGGCUCAGAACCUCUCCGUACCUCUGGCAUUUGCCUGUCUCUUGCAUUUGGCAAACGAAAAGAAUUUGAAGCUGGAGGGAGUAGAGGACCUGUCUGACGUUCGCGUGAUGCAAGGGGAUUGAGCCUCCACCACUAAGGCGUCAGCAAGGGAUACCUAACUGCCCGCCUAGAUCAAGUAGGACAUUUCUCCCUUGGGGAAAUUUGAGAGGCCUGCCAUGGUCUGUCUUCUCUUUGCUACAGCUUCUCCACAAGUGAUUCAAGGGCGAGUUUGGCGUCCUGCUUGAAUGCAACCUCUCUCUCUGCUUUGAGAUAACCGCGGAAUGCUAUGGGGAGAACAAUGAAGAGUAACUGGACUCCAUUAAUCCCGGACCUCAGGAAGAUGGCAGCAGAUAAAGCAGUAGGGAAGCUACUGUUGCCCCGAUGACUCUCCUCUCCUGUAGAAAAUAAUUUUUGGUUUGACUCUGAUUAUUUUUGUUUUUAAACAGUGACCCAUUUCUGUACAUAAAAUCUCCCGGUUUUAAAGUCUUUCGCUUUUCACUUUACAUAUGACUUUAUAGAAAAAUGACCCAUUAAAACUAUUCUUCGGAGAGCUUCA